AGACUAGCAACGUGAAACACAACACGCUCCGCCUCUUCCCGAUGCUGCCCAGUUUACUGUUUCUAUGACAACAACGCCGUUAACUUCAGUUUCGGAUGUUACCAUAGAAGCUAAAUUGUGCUAAAAGAGCCGUGUACCAGAAAACCAAAGCCUGAAGACACUGGAUGAACAACCAGUGGCCAGCUGUGACAGAUGGCUACCUCUCCGGGAGUUUACAAAGCCUCACCGGCGAAGGACAUGCCGAAGUUCACCGUGCUGCCUCCUAUUGAAAAGACGCAGCACGGGUGGCAGAGGGAUGACGUCCAGCAGACCACGGCAGCGAAAGAGGAGAUAGUGGAGAAGAUAAUGAAGCACAAGAAGCUGCUGAAGCACAGAAGGAGUAAAGUGCAACAAAAGCAACUGCAUAGGAUAUUGGUUUCGAGAGCAAUGGAGGAUUACAGACAAAGCAUUGAGAGGGAAGCCGCUUGCAGUGUGCCAGCAGAGCCAAACUUACCACCCUCUAUGCUUAGUGAGGAGCGGAAAAGAAGGAUCAACUACAGGUUUCUGAAGGAGCGUGUAGAGAGUUGCCCCUUACCUCCAAUUCAGCAAGAGUGGCUGGACUCGAUUGUAGCUCGAGUCAAACCUAAACGUAAAGGGAGCCUUGAGACAAAUAAACUUCUACAGGAGCUUUGCUUGGAAGUCACUGACGACUUCCGCAGUGUGACUGUCAAGCACACAGUGGACAGUGUAAUAAAGAAUCCAGACCACGUGAGCUCAUUAAAACAGGAGACUGGCCAACCAAAAGUUCUUGAUUUCUCCCAACCGUGGCAUAAUAGUUUUAUCAAAAGUCGCAGGAGGAUAAAGGCAAAUUUGCACAUUCUUCAUCCUGUAAUGCAAGCUAUGUUGGACAUUGGCAACGUGACGUUUUCUCCACUGACCCUAGUUGAUCUCUCGGGAUUCAGAGCUUCAGGACCUGUGGACUGCAAGAGCCUACAGAACAAAAUGGCCGUGGAGUGUAAGAGGACAGAAGAUCAUAUCAUGAACACCUGGUUUCCUAAAAUAAUCCACUUACUGACAAGUAAAGAUACGCUGAAAGGAGUUAAAGAGGAAAAGGUGGAUUCUUUCUAUGACUGUGCAUCUACCCUCAUUUCAAACCAGUUGAGAUCCCUGCUUCACUCCAGUGUGGAGAAGUUUGUCAGUGUGUUUGAUCCAAGCAAUAGCCACUGCUUGCCGAUCUUUCGCAUGGCUUUGACAUUUGAUGAAGAAAAUAUGGAAAUUUACCCCACCUUACAAGAUCUGGAAGCAUCUGUUCUUGAGAUUCUUAACAGCAUAACAAAUACAAUGCAGAAAGUACAGACUGUCCAGUCAUGGUUAACGCAAACCACAUCUUCAUUUGUGGAUGCCAAGGUGGCUGCUCAUGUCUAUGACUGGGCUCGGGCCACUGUGAAGAAUGCUUUGCGCAACAAUUUAGAGGAACCUGGCGAACAUUUCCAAAACUAUGUGGACAACUAUGAAUGGCUAAUCAAUGGAACUGCACAGGCCCAAGUGAACAAGUUUGUAGAGGAGGAACACUCUUUUGAUGAGUACACUAAGCAAGUGGAGGAGUUUCGUGCUGUGUCGAAGGAGAUCAUGAGUCAUCCAUCGAAAGCCCACUUCACAAUGGUUCAUCUGGACUGUGAGGAGCUCAAACAAGGGCUGGCCAACAAAGCCAAAACAUAUGCUGAAGUACUUCUAAAGAAACUGGUCAGCAGGCACCGUGAGCAAAAUCUACAGAUCUGCUCCGACUUUGAAACCAUCAGAACAAAAGCUCUGGAAGUUCCAGAGAAUACAGAGGACAUGGCUCAGAUGGUUGAAUACAUUAGUUUCUCAAAGACAAAGGGAUUAGAAAAACUUAAUGAACAAAUAAAGGAAGCCUCAUGCAGACUUAAUUACAUCUUGGAUGUCCACGUCAUUGAGCCAGAGGAUGUAGAGCUUAAUUCCACCAUUUUUGCCUGGCCAAAAAUGAUGAGUCAUAUAUUUGAAAAAAGUGACGAGGUAAUGCUAGAGGCCAAGCAGAAAGGAGAGAAGGAGCUGAUCACUAAAAGAGAAAGAUUAAUGGUACAGCUGGAAAAGUUGGGACGCAGAACAGAAGAGUUCCCACAAUGCUCUGAGCUGGAUAUGAUGCAGCAGUAUGUGGCGGAUGUCAGAACAGUUCAGAAACUUCUCCAAGAGGCUGAGGACACAAUUGUCUCCAUUAACAAAGAAGAGGAUUUCUAUAAAUCAGACAAAACUUGUUACCCAGAAGUGGAGGUCAUCAGAGAGAAUAUUGAACCGUACCAGAAGCUUUUUGGAUUGGUCUUGACGUGGCAACGCACAGAGAACAGAUGGAUGGAUGGUUCCUUCCUGGAUUUGGAUGGUGAAAGCAUGGAGGUAAAGGUGGAUGAGUUCUUUAGGGAGAUCUUCAAGAUGCUGAAGUUUUUCCAACAGAAACAGAACAAAGCCUCGCAGGAGAUGGAAAAGAUUCCUGAAAAAUCUAGGCGACGACGUAGUGAGGAUGAUCCAAGGAAGCAGGAGAACCCCACAAUAGUUUUGUGUUCCACUGUAAUGGAACAGAUCAAAAACUUCAAGGAGCACAUCCCUGUAGUGUCCAUCUUGUGCAACCCAGGUAUUAGAGCUCGUCACUGGGACCAGAUGUCAAAGAUAGUCGGGUAUGACCUUACUCCUGACUCUGGUACAACUCUCCGGAAAGUUCUCAAACUGAACCUGACUCCUUACCUGGAAGAGUUUGAGUCUAUUAGUGCUGGUGCCAGUAAAGAAUUUUCCCUGGAGAAGGCUAUGCAAACCAUGAUGCAGUUUUGGGAUGGGAUUUCUUUUCACCAUCAACCUUACAGGGAGACUGGUGUGUCUAUCCUGACUGCACUGGACGAGAUUCAGACCAUGUUAGAUGACCAGAUCGUUAAGACUCAGACUAUGAGGGGUUCGCCAUUCAUAAAACCAUUUGAAAACGAAAUCAAGCAAUGGGAGGAGCGGCUGCUUCGCAUCCAGGAAACCAUAGAUGAGUGGCUGAAGGUGCAGGCUCAGUGGCUUUACCUGGAGCCCAUCUUUUCAUCCCAAGACAUCAUGCAGCAGAUUCCAGAAGAAGGGCGACUUUUCCAGACUGUCGAUAAAAACUGGAAAGAAGUCAUGAAGCACUGUGUCAAGGAUCCUAAGAUCCUGCCUGCAACCGCCCUACCUGGUUUGCUUGAGAAACUGCAGAUUUCCAACACCCUCCUUGAUACCAUUAUGAAAGGUUUGAAUGCCUAUCUGGAGAAGAAACGCCUCUUCUUUCCCCGGUUCUUCUUCUUGUCUAAUGAUGAAAUGUUGGAGAUUCUGUCUGAGACCAAGGACCCACUACGAGUCCAGCCACAUUUGAAAAAGUGCUUCGAGGGUAUUUCCAAACUGGACUUCCUACCCAAUCUGGAUAUUCAGGCAAGACAGUCACACAUAUUGUUAUUGUUACAUGACACGGUGGCUGAUUAACACUGAGUAAACAAUGUUGUUACCCAGGCCAUGUAUAGCAGCGAAGGGGAGCGCGUUGAGCUAAUCCAGCUCAUCUCCACGUCUGAAGCUAAAGGAGCUGUGGAGAAGUGGCUGGUUCAGGUGGAGGACGUCAUGCUUCGCAGUGUCAGAGAUGUCGUAGCCCGGUCCAGAGUGGCCUACGCUGAGACUGCACGGAACCAGUGGGUGAAGGAGUGGCCUGGACAGGUGGUGCUCUGCACCUCACAGAUUUUCUGGACUUUGGAGGUUCAUGAGGCCAUCAGAGCAGGGGCUGGUGGUUUAAAAAACUACUAUCAGAAUCUUCAGACGCAGCUCAAUGACAUUGUGGAGCUGGUGAGAGGAAAACUGCCCAAGCAAACCCGGAUUACUUUGGGAGCGCUCGUCACAAUCGAUGUCCAUGCCAGGGAUGUAGUCAUGGAGCUUAUUGACAAAGGCGUGUCACAUGAAACUGACUUCCCAUGGCUAGCCCAGCUUCGCUACUACUGGAGCAAUGACAAUGUUCGUGUUCGCAUAAUCAACUGUGAUGUUAAGUACGCCUAUGAGUAUCUGGGGAACUCGCCACGUCUGGUCAUCACUCCUCUGACCGACAGAUGCUACCGAACUUUGAUUGGAGCUUUCUACCUGAAUUUGGGUGGUGCACCUGAGGGUCCAGCUGGAACAGGAAAGACUGAAACCACCAAAGAUCUUGCCAAAGCACUUGCUGUACAAUGUGUGGUUUUUAACUGUUCUGAUGGACUGGAUUAUCUCGCUAUGGGCAAGUUUUUCAAAGGUCUAGCUUCAUCUGGUGCAUGGGCUUGCUUUGACGAAUUCAACCGCAUUGAGCUGGAGGUGCUGUCUGUAGUGGCCCAGCAGGUCCUCUGCAUCCAGAGAGCCAUCGAGCUGAACUUGGAGUACUUUGACUUCGAGGGGACCAUGCUCAAACUCAAUCCCAACUGUUUUGUGUCCAUCACAAUGAACCCAGGCUAUGCAGGACGCUCAGAACUCCCAGACAACCUCAAGGUGUUGUUCCGAACAGUGGCCAUGAUGGUCCCCAACUAUGCACUGAUAGCAGAGAUCUCCCUGUAUUCAUACGGCUUCCUCAAUGCCAAACCGCUGUCAGUGAAGAUUGUGAUGACCUACAGGCUUUGUUCAGAACAGCUCUCCUCUCAGUUCCAUUAUGAUUACGGCAUGAGGGCCGUCAAAGCAGUGCUUGUGGCUGCAGGAAACCUCAAGCUCAAGUAUCCUGAUGAUAAUGAGGACAUUUUGCUGCUGAGGUCCAUAAAGGAUGUUAAUGAGCCCAAGUUUCUCUCCCAUGAUAUUCCACUGUUCAAUGGAAUCACCAGCGAUUUGUUCCCAGGCAUUUCACUUCCUGAGGCUGACUAUCAGCUGUUUCUACAGGCUACUGGCGAGUGCUGUAAAAAUCACAACGUACAGCCAACACAGGUCUUUUUACAAAAAAUUAUCCAGACAUAUGAGAUGAUGAUAGUUAGACACGGUUUUAUGCUGGUGGGAGAGCCCUUUGCUGGAAAGACCAAGGUGCUACAUGUUCUAGCUGACACUCUGACUCUAAUGAAUGAGAGAGGACUUGGCCUUGAGGAGAAGGUCAUUUUCAGAACAGUGAAUCCAAAGUCCAUCACCAUGGGUCAGCUCUUCGGACAGUUUGACCUAGUUUCUCAUGAGUGGACAGAUGGGAUUGUGGCCAACACAUUUCGCGAGUUUGCAUCAGCUGACACACCAGACCGCAAAUGGGUGGUUUUUGACGGUCCAAUCGAUACACUUUGGAUUGAGAGUAUGAAUACUGUGCUGGAUGACAACAAAAAGUUGUGCCUAAUGAGCGGUGAGAUCAUUCAAAUGUCCAGUCAGAUGAGUCUGAUUUUUGAAGCAAUGGAUCUAUCACAGGCCUCUCCUGCCACAGUCAGUCGAUGCGGUAUGAUCUACAUGGAACCCUCUCAGCUGGGCUGGGAGCCAUUGGUGAUCUCUUGGAUGAACACUCUUCCUGACACUCUGCAGAGCCAGGACAGCCGCUCCCUGCUGCUCGAGCUCUUCCACUGGUUCCUGCCUCCCGCUAUCAAGAUGCUACGUAAACACUGCAGAGAAGUUGUUCCCACUAACAACAGCAACAUUGUGAUGUCCUUGUGUCGACUGUUUGAGAUGCUUCUCAAUGAACCUGUGAAGUCAGGACCUGUGGAGAAAAAUAUUCGUACCUGGAUCAUGGCAGCUUUUGCAUUCUCUUUGGUAUGGUCUGUGGGUGGCAGCUGUGACACAGACAGCAGAGAGAAGUUCAGUGAGUUUGUCAGGAUGAUGGUUUCGGGAGGAACACAAGAACAUCUGAUCCCGGAAACUGUAGGAAAAUGGGAGUGUCCAAUGGAUGAGAAAGGCCUGGUGUAUGACUAUUUUUAUGAGUUUCAAGGAAAAGGCAGAUGGGUUCACUGGAAUGAUUCCAUUAAGAAUGUCAGCCUUGGGGACAAAAAUACCAAAGUACAAGAGAUCAUUGUUCCCACUAUAGACACGGUUCGCUACACCUACUUGAUGGACCUCUGCAUCCACUAUGGAGUUCCUGCCCUGUUUGUUGGUCCUACUGGAACUGGGAAGUCAGUGUAUGUGAAGGAAAAACUGAUGAACAAUCUGGACAAAGACCACUACCUUCCCUUCUUCAUCAACUUUUCAGCCCGCACUAGUGCAAACCAAACCCAGAAUAUCCUCAUGUCCAGAUUAGAUAAGAGAAGAAAGGGGGUGUAUGGACCCCCCAUGGGAAAAAAGUGUGUCAUCUUUGUAGAUGACAUGAACAUGCCUGCUCUGGAGCAGUUUGGAGCACAGCCUCCUGUGGAGCUUCUUCGACAGUACAUAGACCAUGGAAACUGGUACGACUUGAAAGACACCUCCAAGGUCACGCUUGUUGACCUCCAGCUCAUCUCAGCCAUGGGGCCUCCCGGUGGGGGACGAAAUGCUGUGACGUCUCGCUUCCUUCGGCAUUUCAAUAUUUUUAGUAUUAAUGCCUUCAGUGAUGACACCAUGGUUCGCAUUUUUUCCAGUAUUGUGGCCUUCUACCUCAAAAACAAUGAAUUCCCACCUGAAUAUUUCACCGUGGGUAACCAAAUAGUCACAGCUACAAUGGAGGUGUACAAGAAAGCCAUGGAGAACCUGCUUCCAACUCCAGCAAAAUCCCACUAUACCUUCAACCUGCGGGACUUCUCACGUGUUAUCCAAGGUUGCCUGUUGCUGAAGAAGGCGUCUCUGGAGAGCAAACGCACUAUGAUACGGCUCUUUGUCCAUGAGGUUUUCCGUGUCUAUUAUGACCGUCUGGUAGAUGACAAAGAUCAAGAGUGGCUCUACACGCUGAUGAACAGCAUCCUCAAAGAUCACUUCAAAGAGUCGUUUGACCAAGUCUUUGAUCACCUGAAACAAGGCAGUAAACUGGUUGAGGAAGACAUGCGAAAUCUUCUGUUUGGUGAUUACAUGAACCCUGACCUGGAGGGUGAUGACCGCUUAUACGCUGAAGUGCCUUCAAUGGAAAGCUUUUCCCAGGUGGUUGAAUCAUGUCUUGACGAAUACAAUCAGAUGCACAAGAAUCGGAUGAACCUCGUCAUUUUCCGGUAUGUCCUAGAACACUUGUCCCGCAUCAGCCGUGUGUUAAAACAGUCGGGAGGCAAUGCCCUGCUAGUGGGAGUGGGAGGCAGUGGACGACAAUCGAUCACUCGCCUGGCCACUUCUAUGGCUCACAUGACCAUGUUCCAGCCUGAGAUUUCUAAGAGCUAUGGCAUGACUGAGUGGAGAGAUGACCUCAAGAUGCUGCUGAAAAAUGCUGGGGUGAAAGGACAGAAAACGGUGUUCUUGAUAACUGAUGCUCAGAUCAAAGAUGAGGCUUUUCUAGAAGAUGUGGACAGUGUCUUGAACACCGGAGAGGUGCCCAAUCUGUUUGCCGUAGACGAGAAACAAGAAAUCAUGGAGGCAGUACGUCCUGUUGCCCAGGCGGGGAAUAAGACUCUGGAGCUGAGUCCUUUGACUCUGUUCGCCUUCUUUGUGGCACGCUGUAGAGAGAACCUGCAUAUUGUUGUAGCCUUCAGUCCUAUUGGAGACGCCUUUCGAAAUCGCCUGCGCCAGUUCCCUUCUCUUAUUAACUGCUGCACCAUUGACUGGUUCCAGCCAUGGCCAGAGGAAGCUCUUGAGCGAGUAGCCAACUCUUUCCUUGAGUCCCUGGACAUGAGUGAAAAUGAGAGGCAGGAGGUCAUACCCAUCUGCAAAACCUUCCAUACCUCUGCCAAACAGCUUUCACAGCAAUUUCUCUCUGAGCUGGGUCGCCAUAAUUAUGUGACACCAACAUCCUACCUCGAGCUGAUUGCAGCUUUUCGGCUACUACUCACUCAGAAAAGAGACACUGUCAUGAAGGCAAAGCAGAGGUACACCAAUGGUCUGGAUAAACUAGCCUUCGCUGAAUCUCAGGUGGGGGAGAUGAAGAAGGAACUGGUCGACCUGCAGCCCAAACUGGAACAGGCAAAGAUAGAUAACACCGAAAUGAUGAAGGUCAUUGAAGUGGAGUCGGUGGAGGUGGAAGCCAAAAGUAAAGUCGUGCGUGUUGAUGAGGAGGCAGCAACUAUAAAAGCAAAUGAGGCUCAGGCUCUGAAGAAUGAGUGUGAGAGCGACUUGGCUGAAGCCAUCCCUGCCCUGGAGGCUGCACUCUCUGCCUUGGACACAUUGAAGCCCUCUGAUGUCACAAUUGUCAAGUCGAUGAAAAACCCACCUUCAGGGGUGAAGCUGGUGAUGUCAGCAGUGUGUGUGAUGAAGGACAUAAAGCCAGAUAAGAUAGCUGACCCAGCUGGGACCGGAAAAAAGGUUUUUGACUAUUGGGGUCCAAGCAAGAAGUUAUUGGGUGAUAUGAACUUUUUACGAGAUCUUAAAGAAUAUGACAAGGACAACAUUCCAGUCCCUGUGAUGCAAAAAAUCCGCAGUGAGUACAUGACUAAUCCUGACUUUGAUCCAACUAUAGUGGCAAAGGCCUCCUCUGCAGCAGAGGGCCUGUGCAAAUGGAUCAAAGCCAUGGAGGUGUAUGACAGAGUAGCAAAGGUUGUGGCUCCUAAGAAGGCCAAUCUUGCAGAGGCACAGGAGUCCCUGGCUGCUACCAUGGCCCUCCUGGACCAAAAGAGAGCUGAGUUAAAAGAGGUUGAGGAUCGCUUGGCUGCCCUUCAGAAAACUUUUGAGGAAAAGACAGAGGAGAAGGCCCAGCUUGAGUUCCAGGUGGAUUUGUGCGCCAGGAAGCUGGACCGCGCUGAAAAGCUCAUUGGUGGUCUAGGUGGAGAGAAGACCAGAUGGUCCAAGGCAGCAGAUGACCUGCAGAGUACAUAUGACAACUUGACAGGAGAUGUUCUCAUCUCUGCUGGUGUCAUUGCUUACUUGGGCGCUUUCACCGCUGGCUUCAGACAGGACUGCACCAAGUUAUGGACCAAAUUCUGUCAAUCUAAGAAUAUUCCAUCCUCAGAUGACUUCUCUCUCAGUAAAACCCUGGGAGAUCCCAUCAAGAUCAGGGCUUGGACCAUUGCAGGCCUUCCCAGCGACUCUUUCUCUAUUGACAAUGGUGUCAUUGUCAGUAAUUCGCGUAGAUGGCCCUUGAUGAUUGACCCUCAGGGUCAAGCUAACAAGUGGGUAAAGAAUUCAGAGAAAAACAACAACCUCAGCAUAAUCAAGUUAACAGACGCAGACUACAUGAGAACUUUGGAAAACUGUAUUCAAUUUGGAACGCCCCUGCUACUGGAAAAUGUAGGAGAAGAGCUGGACCCUUCUCUGGAACCACUGCUGCUCAAGCAAACAUUCAAACAAGGUGGUGUUGAUUGCAUCAGGCUCGGUGAGAGUGUGAUUGAGUACUCUGCUGACUUCCGUUUCUACAUCACCACAAAGCUCAGGAACCCCCACUACCUACCAGAACUAGCCACCAAAGUGUCUCUUCUCAAUUUCAUGAUCACUCCGGAGGGUUUGGAGGACCAGCUGCUGGGCAUAGUGGUUGCCAAAGAGAGGCCAGAGCUGGAAGAGGAGAGAAAUGCACUUAUCCUUCAGUCAGCUGACAAUAAGAGGCAGCUGAAGGAAAUUGAGGACAAAAUUCUGGAGACGCUUCAGUCCUCUGAGGGAAAUAUCCUGGAGGAUGAGAGUGCUAUUCAAAUUCUAGACUCAGCAAAGAUCAUGUCCAAUGAGAUUACCAAAAAACAGCAGAUUGCAGAGAAGACGGAGAUCAAGAUAGCCGAGUCUAGAGAGGGUUACAGAGCAAUUGCCAAACACUCGUCCAUCCUGUUCUUCAGUAUUGCUGAUCUGACCAACAUUGACCCGAUGUACCAGUACUCUCUCAGCUGGUUUGUCAACCUCUACAUUAACUCCAUACAAGACAGCAACAAGUCCAAGAUUCUGGAGAGAAGGCUUCAGUUCCUAAUUGAUCACUUCACCUAUAACCUGUACUGCAACGUCUGUCGCUCUCUGUUUGAGAAAGACAAACUGCUCUUCUCCUUCCUUCUCUGCUGCAAUUUACUCCUAGCAAAAAAAGAGAUUGACUACUCUGAAUUAAUGUUCUUGCUGACUGGAGGAGUGGGCCUGCAGAACACACUUGCUAACCCUGAUCCCAGCUGGCUACAGGACAAGAGCUGGGAUGAAAUCUGCAGAGCCAGUGAGAUGCCUGGCUUACAGGGAAUAAAAGAGGCUUUCAUUAAGAGUCCAGGAGACUUCAAACCUAUUUAUGACAGCAAAGAGCCGUGCAACGUUGCUCUGCCUGCACCAUGGUGUGAACAACUCAGUGACUUGCAUAAGAUGAUCAUUGUUCGCUGUCUGAGGCCAGAUAAGAUAGUACCUGCUGUGACUAAAUAUGUCACUGGCAAUCUGGGAAAGAAAUUUGUCCAGCCUCCUCCGUUUGACCUGAGUAAGAGCUACCUAGACUCUAACUCGACCAUCCCACUUGUGUUUGUGCUGUCUCCAGGAGCUGAUCCUAUGGCUAGCCUACUGAAGUUUGCCAGUGACAAGAACAUGGGCAGCUCCAAGUUCCAGUCUAUCUCUCUGGGUCAGGGCCAAGGGCCUAUUGCUGCUAAAAUGAUAUCCACAGCCAUGCAGGAUGGGACGUGGGUGUGUCUGCAGAACUGCCACCUAGCAGUUUCUUGGAUGUCCACCCUAGAGAAAAUCUGCGAGGACUUCAGUCCUGCAACAUGCCACCAAGAUUUCCGACUGUGGCUCACCAGCUACCCUUCAGCUAAGUUUCCAGUGACAAUCCUACAAAACGGGGUGAAAAUGACAAAUGAGCCUCCUACCGGACUCCGACUCAACCUGCUGCAGUCUUACUUGUCAGACCCCGUGUCUGACCCAAACUUCUUCAAUAGCUGUCUCAAUAAAGAGCUGAUUUGGGAGAAGCUCCUGUAUGGACUGUGCUUCUUCCAUGCUCUCGUUCAGGAAAGGAAAAAGUUUGGUCCACUGGGCUGGAAUAUUCCCUAUGGCUUCAAUGAGUCUGACCUCCGUAUAAGCAUCAGACAGCUGCAGCUAUUUGUUAAUGAAUAUGAGGAGGUGCCCUUGGAGGCCAUAACGUAUCUGACUGGGGAGUGUAAUUAUGGCGGCCGUGUGACAGAUGACUGGGAUAGACGUCUCCUAAUGACGAUCUUGGCCGACUUCUACAACAAGGAAAUCAUUGAGACAUUUCGGUACCCUUUUUCACCUAGUGGCGAAUACUGUGCCCCACCUAAAUCUGACUACGAUGACUACAUUCUGUUUAUCAAGAAACUUCCAGUCAGCCAGCAUCCAGAAGUAUUUGGGAUGCAUGAAAAUGUUGACAUUUCGAAGGAUUUGCAGCAGACGAAACUGCUGUUUGAUUCGUUGCUGCUCACUCAAGGUGGAGCAGCUAAGGGAGGUCCUAGCUCUGGGAGUGACAACACUCUGUACGACAUAGUGAAUGACAUCCUCACAAAGAUUCCACCUAAUUUUGAUACAGAAGCAGCUCUCUUGAAGUUUCCAGUAUUGUACGAGGAAAGCAUGAACACGGUUCUUGUCCAAGAGAUGGAACGCUACAACACUUUGUGUAGUACAAUCCGUGGAAGUCUACAAAACCUCUUGAAGGCCAUCAAGGGCUUGGUGGUGAUGGAUGCAGAACUGGAGGCGGUCGCAGGCAGUUUGAUAGUUGGCAAGGUCCCAGAGAAAUGGGCCAAGCGCUCAUAUCCGAGCCUCAAACCUCUGGGCAGUUAUGUUACCGACUUUCUCUCAAGGCUGAGGUUUCUGCAGGUUUGGUAUGAAACCAGCAAGCCCAACGUGUUCUGGCUGUCUGGAUUCUUCUUCACACAAGCCUUCCUUACCGGGGCUAUGCAGAACUACGCCAGGAAAUACCAUGUCCCCAUUGACCUGUUGGGCUUUGAUUUUGAAGUCCUUCCUAUUGAUGAGUCAGACACAGCGCCUGAGGACGGUGUUUACAUUAUUGGAUUGUUUCUGGAUGGAGCUCGCUGGGAAAAAGGAAGUGGAGUUCUAGCUGAACAGUACCCCAAAGUCCUAUUUGACACGGUGCCCAUCAUUUGGAUAAAACCCACUGAAAAGAAGAGCGGCGCCCAGCCUCAGAAACUGUACGUGUGCCCUCUCUACAAGACCAGUGAGAGGAAGGGCACCCUUUCCACUACAGGCCACUCCACCAACUUUGUCAUUAGCAUGAUAUUGCCAACCAGUAAGCCCCCGCAGCACUGGAUCAAGCGCGGUGUGGCCAUGCUCUGUCAGCUUGAUGACUGAGAUCGGACAGCACACUCCUGAAGACUGAAGCACUUUACUGUGGCACCUCUUGAUACGACUUUGAUGCCCUUUAUGUGGAUUUUAUCCUUAUCAAAUGCAAAAUUAAAUGUUGACAAUGUAUUUGACUAGUAA